GAUGCAAAUCUUAUGAGAGAGCCAAAAAGAAGUUGACAGUGCUGGAGGCGCCAAAUAUUCUUAUUAUUGUCUUAAAGCGAUUUCAGUCUGGUAACUUUGGAAAGUUGAAUAAGCCCGUACGGUUCCCUGAGGUCCUCAACAUGGCUCCAUAUAUGAGUAGCACGAGUGAUAAAUUGCCUGUGUAUAGUCUCUACGCAGUGGUUGUUCACCUGGAUGUUAUGAAUGCUACAAUUUCGGGUCAUUAUGUAUGUUAUGUGAAGAACUUCCGAGGGCAAUGGUCUAGAAUUGAUGACAGUACGGUGAUGCCUGUGGAGUUGGAGAGUGUCUUAUUAGAAUGUGCAUACAUGCUCUUGUAUGCAAGGCACUCUCCUCGUGCCCCAGCUUUGGUAAGGAACAAUCUAGACUCUUAUGGCGCAAGGCUAAAAGGAAAAAACUUGGAAGCAGUUCCUUCUAGUAAUGCAUCAAAGGUGAAAUCUUGCUCGAGUGUGCCAAGGGUGGAUGCAUCUACUGCAAGGCAGAGGCAUGGCAAGAAUCCUUACUGGAUGACUUUGGAUGGUCCAAUCAGCAAUCCAUCGUUUGACCUGAAUGACUUGAGAUUUCACUCUAUGCGAAGAAUUCCCACAACAGAUUCAUCAAGUGAAAGCUCUUCCCUCUUCAGCUGCUCCGAUGUGAGUUCUUGCAGCACUGCAAGCACCAAAAGUUCUUCUCAGACAGAGGACUUCUCAGAUUACUUGUUUGGCGAAGUGGGUCCUAGUUGGUACAACCAUUAUGGGGUUUCCAACAUACAUUCAGGUGGGGAGAAGCAUGCUUGAACUGGAGAACAUAGCUAGAGAGAAAAUUUAGAGGGGGAUUGACACCCUACAUUUUUGUGCUCUGACUCAACUAACCAUAGACUUCUGGGCAAUACUGGAGGGAUUCUUAGGACCGCAUAUUGAUCUUGUCUAACUCUUGCAAUGCGAUUUAUCACUGAGAAGAGUAAGUGGGGAUGGUCUGGAUGGAUCAGCUCAAACAUUUUAUUCAGGUUUGAGUUGGGAUAAAUUAAAGUGCUAAUUGUUACAAUUAGUGUAAUAAAAGAUAAUAAUAUUCAUUCUUUUCCUAAUAUAUCAUCUUUCUUCUUUCUUCCUCU